CAGAAGCAGGAGAAAGAAACUUUUGGUUGUGCUGCUGUGUAUUUGUGUCUUUCUUUAUUUCAUACAGUAAAUGGCAGAAGCAAGAUUUUCUCAGGAUGAGUUCUUGUGUCCAGUGUGCCUGGAUCUCAUGAAGGAUCCAGUGACCAUUUCCUGUGGCCACAGUUACUGUAAGAACUGUAUUACAGGCUGCUGGAAUAAGGAGGAUGAGAAUAGAGUCUACAGCUGCCCUCAGUGCAGACAGACCUUCAGUCCAAGACCUGCUUUAGCUAAAAACACCAUGCUGGCUGAAGUGGUGGAGAAGCUCAAGAAGACUAAACCUCCUGCUGACUGUUACGCUGGAGCUGGAGAUGUGCAGUGUGAUGCCUGUACUGGAACAAAAUACAAAGCCUUCAAGUCCUGUCUGCAGUGUCAGGAAUCUUACUGUCAAACUCAUUUUGAGCAUCAUGAGGAGUUUCACUCUCGUAAACCACACAAAGUGAUUGAUGCAACUGGACGACUGCAGGACAUGAUCUGCCAGAAACAUGAGAAAGAGCUGGAAGUCUACUGUAUCACUGACCAACAGUGCAUCUGUGAGCUGUGUAAAGAGUUUGAACAUACAACUCACAAAACACUAUCAGUUGUGGAACAAAGGACUGAGAAACAGAAGGGGCUAAAUGAGACACAGGUAAAGCUCCAGGAGAGGAUCCAGCAGAGACAGCAAGAACUUCAGCAGCUGCGGGAGGCAGUGGAAUCUCAUAAGUGCUCUGCACAGACAGCAGUGAAAGACACUGAAAGGAUCUUUACUGAGCUCAUUUGCAUCAUUGAGAAAAGAUUUUCUGAGCUCACACUGAUGAUCAGAGAUCAAGAAAAGACUGCAGUGAGUCGAGCUGAAGGACACAUGGAGCGACUGGAGCAGGAGGUUGAAAAUCUGAGGAGGAGAAAUGCUGAGCUGGAGCAACUUUCACACACACAGGAUCAUGUCCAUUUCCUGAAGAGUUUCCAGUCUCUCUCAGCUCCUCUUGAAUCUACAGAUGUUUCAUUCAGUUCUCUCUUGUGUUUUGAUGGCCUGAGAGAAUCUGUUUCUCAGCUGAAAGUCAAACUGGAGGAUUUCUGCAAAGAGGAGAUCAAGAAGAUCUCAGACAGAGUCACCAAAACUAUUCCCAAGACCAGGAACGACUUCCUACAAUAUUCCCAUCAGUUCACUCUUGAUCUGAACACAAUGAAUGAUCAUCUUCGUCUGUCUGAGAGCAACAGAAUGAUUACUGGUGCUGAAACAGCACAGCCAUAUUUUGAUCAUCCAGACAAAUUUAAUGGUUGGCCUCAGGUGCUGUGCAGAGAGAGUAUGUGUGGACGCUGUUACUGGGAGAUAGAAUGGAGUGGAGAUGUUGGCGUGAUGCUAUCAGUGUCUUACAAAAGCAUCAGUAGGAAGGGAUUUGGUAACGAGUGUGCAUUUGGAGGUAAUGAUAAGUCCUGGAGUUUAGCCUGUUUUCCAUCCAGAUACUCAUUUUGGCACAAUAGUAAACGGACCGAUCUCUCUGUAAAGCCCAUUAGUCGUAUGAUAGGAGUGUAUGUGGAUAAGAGUGCAGGAACUCUGUCCUUCUACAGCAUCUCUAACACAAUAAGCCUCAUCCACACAGUCCAGACCACGUUCACUCAGCCGCUCUAUCCUGGUUUUACUGUUGAUCCUCGAUCAUCUGUAAAAAUGUGUUAAUGAAUCACAAUGACUGAUUAGACUUUGGCUGCAAGAUGAAUCAGAUGACAGUGACUUCUUUAAAUGAAAAUGAACUGGUUCUCCCUGCCCACCAUUCCGACAUGUGAAUCUGCUUCGCCUAUGUCAUGUCAGAUAAACACAGCCCAAUGACAGAGACAGACAGCAACCCAGACAUGAAUAAAGCAGAGAUCCAGAGUCAAAGAUACCACAGUAAGACUGAACCAGGAGUUUUCGGUUAUUUGAUUUUUUUGUUGUUGUGGAGAUUACUCAAGCCUAGAUGAAAGAUGAACAUACAAAUGCCAUUAGAAAGUUUUCUGUAUACACACACACACGUUUAACUUUUAACUUUUUUCUGCUUCUACAAGCAGCAAAUGUGGUAGGAUGCAAGUAAAUAACACUGCUACAGAUCCAUUAUACUACUGUACAAACAAACCUGAUUUAAUGUCCACAAACUGGGACCAGCUGUUGUGAGAUUGAAGUGUCCUCAUUUAUAGUUGUGUAUGCAACUGUGGUGAUUUUGGUAUUUUUUAUUUUGUUAUUGGGAAAAAAACAAGCAACAAUCUCUUCAAACGUGCAACUAGUACACUACAUGCAGCUCAACAACAAUAACUACAAAUAAUAUAUGAUGUAUUAAUUAGGGACACAUAAUAGAUUCAUAAGAACAAAUAUUGCUUGGUAUGUGUACAGAUGAAAAAUUAUAUUUUUAACAGCUAUAGUUCCAGACAUAGAUCAGAGAACUGAUUUUGUAAUGGUUUUGGCAUGGCGUAGGUAAUAUCCACAUUGAAUUGAUUCAUGAAUGUAUUUGUGCUGCACUUUUAAAAUUUGUAAAUAACUGACAACAUUAAACAAAUACUGAUAACCAGGCACGAUGAU